CGGAACGGGUGGGGCGAUGGCGGCAUCCGGCGGGGACGGCCGGGCCUGAGGGGAGCGGCGGCCGCGCUGCCGGCGGCAGGUUAUUCUGCUUUAAUAUAAUGGCAGGAAAAGUAAAAUGGGUAACUGACAUAGAAAAAUCUGUUCUAAUAAACAACUUUGAAAAAAGAGGAUGGAUUCAGGUGGCAGAAAAUGAAGACUGGAAUUUUUAUUGGAUGAGUGUCCAAACAAUCAGAAAUGUGUUCAGUGUGGAAGCCGGUUACCGCCUCUCUGAUGACCAAAUUGUCAAUCAUUUCCCAAACCACUAUGAACUGACCAGAAAAGAUUUGAUGGUAAAGAAUAUCAAGAGAUACAGAAAAGAACUUGAGAAAGAAGGAAGUCCUCUUGCAGAAAAAGAUGAAAAUGGGAAAUAUAUUUAUUUGGAUUUUGUUCCUGUGACUUUUAUGCUUCCUGCCGAUUAUAAUCUCUUUGUUGAAGAAUUCAGAAAGAAUCCCUCCAGCACAUGGAUUAUGAAACCUUGUGGCAAAGCUCAAGGAAAAGGAAUAUUUCUAAUCAAUAAACUCUCCCAAAUUAAAAAAUGGUCUCGAGACAGCAAAACAUCUUCGUUUGUAUCUCAGUCUUCCAAGGAAGCCUAUGUGAUUUCACUCUACAUCAACAAUCCCUUGCUAAUUGGUGGAAAGAAAUUCGAUCUUCGUCUCUAUGUUUUGGUGUCCACCUAUCGGCCACUGAGAUGUUACAUGUAUAAACUUGGAUUUUGCCGCUUUUGCACAGUGAAAUACACACCAAGUACAAGUGAGCUGGAUAACAUGUUUGUACAUCUUACAAACGUUGCCAUUCAGAAACAUGGGGAUGAUUACAACCAUAUCCAUGGAGGCAAAUGGACAGUGAGUAACUUGCGCCUGUAUCUGGAGAGCACCCGUGGAAAGGAAGUCACCAACAAAUUAUUUGAUGAAAUCCACUGGAUAAUAGUGCAGUCCCUGAAGGCUGUUGCGCCUGUAAUGAAUAAUGAUAAACAUUGCUUUGAGUGUUAUGGAUAUGACAUUAUCAUUGAUGACAAGCUUAAACCCUGGCUAAUUGAGGUUAAUGCUUCCCCUUCUCUUACUUCCAGCACUGCUAAUGAUCGCAUCUUGAAGUAUAAUCUUAUUAAUGACACGCUUAACAUUGCUGUGCCUAAUGGGGAAAUCCCCGACUGCAAAUGGAAUAAAUCUCCACCAAAAGAGGUUCUGGGCAAUUAUGAAGUCUUAUACGAUGAAGAGAUGGCACAGAGUGAUGGGACUGAUCGUGACCUGCGGAGUCGUCCUGGGCAGUCCACGGGGGUCAAAGGAAGCCGUGCAAGAGAUUCAGGAAAGCCUGUAUUGACCACCUGGAAGUGAUGACAUAAAAAGUAGCUGUGCUCUUGGUAGGAACACUUCAAGAAUAACUUGCAGUUUUAGAACAGAUUCCUAUGUUUUGCUACAUUUCAUGUAGGAAAUACUAAAGAAGACAAUACAGCCUUUGAAAAGUGAAACAAACACUCAAAACCCAGGAACUGUACUAGACGUACACUGACCUGACCUGAUUAUUAUUAUUACAACAAUACAUAUAGAGGGUGUAUGUAUAUACAUUUAUGUUCAUAUAAUUUGUAUAAACUAGUUCUCAGUAAUGAUUAAGAACUUUCUUUAUAAAGAUGACAACUCAAAAUAUGCAUUCUGAAAAAAACUCCUUGCUGUUUUGGAUAGUAUUUAUUUCCUCUAGUAGCCUCUCCCUUCCUGCCUAUAAUAAAUGAGCUGUGGAUUCUGUAAAAGGGCCAUGGUGGUAAGUAUUAAUAUUUUCACAGUGAUGGUUCAGACUCUUGUAAUAAAAGAAGAGCAACUAGAAAAAAUUAGCAUACAUGUAAUUGAGGCUGUUGCCAGUUAAUGCAGCUAUUGAUUUAUAACCAGUAUUAACAAAUUGAAAAGCAAGUCUUCAACUGCUGAGGUUUGGGGUUUUUUAUUUCCUUUAGGUGUUCUGAGCUGCUAUAACUCUUUAAAGGUAGGAAGUUUGAUGGACUGAGGGAGCGUUUCAAUGGUGUAUUGAUGGACUAUUUCACUAGCCAUUAAUUUUUAUUUUCAGAUAGUGCAUGUCUGUGGAAAACAGACAGAGCAACCAGAUACUGUGACAAAUCUCAUUGCUUGAAGCUGAUGAUAAAUCCUUAUUUGCACCAGAACCUCUCAGUAUAUUUGCAUAUAUAUAAGUCAAAUAUCUGUAUAUUUUUGUAUAUUUUAUUUAACAAAAAUAUUGUUGCACAUGGCAGGGUAUUUUUGGUAGCUAUGAUAACAACAGUUGUGAUGAUUAGCUGCCAUAAAAAUGGGAAUUUCAGUCUUCUAACAGCAGAGCAUAUAAACUAGUGGGGUCUGUGAUUGGCUGUUGCUUCCACUUGACUUUCCACCAGAUAUUGGGUGGUCAUUUAUAAAUGGUAAAAUUGGUUGUUUUUAUUCUCCUUUUCCCUCCCUCCUUUCUUUUUUUUUUUUUUUUUUUUUUUUUUUUUUAGUGAAGUUAAACUCUCCCAAAAGUUUUUAGUUUCUUGAACACCUAAACCAGACCACCUGCAAGUGCACCACUUUGCCUGCUCUGCUCUGGAAUGUCGUCCUGGAAGAGGGCAGCAAACCAUGGUCUUUGGGACAGUUGAACACAGUCUGGCAAGAGCAGCUUGUGUUGGGGAGGAGGGCAGAUGUGGGCUGGGCUGACCAAUAUCCUUACACAGAAUCUGGGGUUUAUCCUUGCAGUACAGAAUGAAAUGUGUAGACUGAGUCUCUCCUUAAUCUUCAUUAAUCUUGUAUAUUCCAUUGAAAUAAAAUCUGAUUCUCUCUUCAUCA